AUGAAUUAUCAACAAAAAAUCAUUAAUUACCCUAUCCCUUCAGAUUUUGCAUCAUCAAACCAUAUUAAUGAUCCUUUAUUCUUGUCAUAUAUUAACCGAAAUGAAAUAAAUCAGAAUCUAUCGAACGCACCGUUAAACAAUCAAACUAACCAUAAAUUAUCGAAUUAUGACUCAACUUUUUUACCAUGGUUUCCUUCUGAAAAUUUUAAAUUACUUCUAAUAGAAUUUAACAAUAAAAUUUUGUAUGAUUACCCUUCAAUUCCUUGCGCUUACUGCUCUAUUUUAAUGAUGAAAUCAUCUGUUAAAUGGAUCGAUUAUAAUUCAAAUGAGAUAUAUACAUUAACAAUAUCAUUUCCCGAUAUAUCCUUACCUAUAACUCAAAAUAAUAGAGGGAAAACAAAGAUAGCUGUCUGUUCAUCAUGUAAAACUAUGAAAAAUCACAGAUUUCCUCCAAUCCUAAGUCAG